CCGGCGUUGAGGGCGACCAUCGUUUCACCAGCGCCAGGAGCCGGAUCCUGUGCGCCUUCCCUCUUCUUCCCGCGCCAUCGCCGUCUUCCCGCGCCAUCCCAAUCUUCCCGCGUGCCACCAGCAUCCAGUCCAACUCCCUCCAUCCCGCCCUAUCCACCCCAUACCAAGCAGUCACGGCGUCUCAAUCCCAAUCCGCCCCCUUCUCAAUCCUUCUCGCCCCCAGCUGUCCGCCGGUAGUUUCCCGUGAGCCGAAGCCCUGUCCGCCGUCCGCAGAGUCGGGGAUGCGCCGUCGCUCACCGUCCACGGACCCCACUCCGCCAGCCAUGGAUCCGCCUCCGCCGGCCAUGGAUCCGCCGCCGGGAGGGGAUUCUCAGCGACGCGGUUCUGGCAGAGGAGGGCAGACGCGCCAGACAAGUCUUGGACUGAAGAAGCCUCGACGUUCGUCGGUAGCGCCACCACCAAUUUCUUCCUCAAAUGCCCCACCUGCCAUGCCUGCUGCGCCACCUCCCUCCUCAGUUGCUCGGUCGGGCGCCCCUGGUGUGCCUACUUCCUCCCCUUCUGCAGCGACUUCGUCCAUACUGCCACAGCCACCGCAAGGAGCAGGAUGGGGGACCAUGUUCCCCAAUUUUCCAUCUCAACAGGGAAACCAACAAGGCUCAAAUCCAUGGAUGUAUCCACCAGGUGGUUUUCAGUAUAUGCUGAAUCAACAACACUAUCCGCCGCGACCGCAAGUACCAGAAGAAAAUUUUCAUCUAGUUGGUCAGAAUAUGGCCUUCAACCCAAUCUCUCCACCAGCAAGUGCCUACGGAACACCAGCACCACAAGCUACGAGACAAGGCACGUCAACUAACAAUAUUGUGAUUGAUGACGAUGAAGACAGUGCCACAAACAAGGCAGUAAAAAAAAGAUAUUGGACUCAUGAAGAAGAGGAGCGAUUGGCAAGUUCUUGGUUGGAAGCUUCUAAAGACCCAAUUCAUGGAAAUGACAAGAAGGGUGACACAUUUUGGAAGGAAGUCACUGCUGAAUUCAACAGGAAAGGGAACGGGAAGCGUACAAGGGAAUUCAACCAAUUGAAGAUUCAUUGGUCACGCCUCAAGUCAUCGAUUGGUGAUUUCAAUGACUAUUGGACUUCGGUGACUCAGAUACAUACAAGUGGUUACUCCGACGACAUGCUGGAAGAAGAGGCACAGAAGAUGUAUGCAAAUAGGUUUGGAAAGCGUUUUCAGUUGGUGCAUUGGUGGAAGAUACUCAAGAACGAGCCCAAAUGGUGUGCACUGUUUGAGAAGGAGAAAGACAAGACUGAGGUAGAUGAUAUUCCAGAAGAACAGAUGCGUCCCAUUGGUAGAGAAGCUGCGAAGGCUGAGCGCAGUGGGAAGCACAAGAAGGCAAAAGGUAUGGAAGUAGUUGUCGGCCUUGGCGACACCAUUGAAAAAAUUGCCAAGGUCCAGCAAGAUAGGAAGGUGGAGCUCGAAAAGGCCACAGAAGCACAGCUUCUGAUAUCAAAUACACAGUUGAAGGCAGCACUAGAGGAGAAGGAAGCAAAGAUGUUAAUGGUCUACAAUACUCUACUUACUAAAGAUACAAGCAACAUGUCUGAAGGUGAAAAGGCUAACCAUGCGAGGGCAAUACACAAGUUAGAAGAGAAGCUAUUUGGAGACUAAGGGUAGGAAUCUGGCAUGGAUAAGUUAUAUAAAAAGUCAUCUUGCGGAGUAAGGAUGAAAGCAACUUUGUGGUGAAACUACUGAAGACUAUCUGCGUUUUCUGAAUUUUUGUGACCUGAACUACUGAAGGCUAUCGAUUAUCUUAGUUUAGUAUAUGCACUGCUGAAGGCUAUCUGCUGGAGUUAUCUGAACUUUUUCUUAUAUCGAUCUUAGUUUACUAUAUCGUAGUUCCAUUGGUAAAUAACCUUGGCUAUCUUUGUUUGACCUGAACUGCUUUAUGCUGAUGCCCAUGUGCUCCAGUCACAAAUUGUUGCUUCUAUCGUUCA